UGAAUGAAUUGAUGGCCCUGGGGACUGGGGACUGAGAGUGGAGGGUCACUGGUGGAAACUCCCACUGGAGGCGUUUCUUCCUCGGAGUGUAUACUGAGACAAUACCGUCAAUGAACUGCACUUUUCCCACGUUUUCUGUCGAGCGGAGAAGGUUUGACUUGGAGUAACGCUGCCGGGAUUGUAUGUGAUUGUAAAGAUGUGUUUCGGCAGGUAAACCGUGUGUGAGUCAGCUGAACUGGGUCAUAAAUUCACAUCUGGAAAAACACACGGAUUAUUGGACGAGUCUGCCCGGUGAAGAAGUUGGAGCGAUCGGCUUUUAAUCCUGGACAACAACGUCCACAGUCGGUUAACCUUUGAUUCAUAAACUCCACGUCCCCGGAUUCAACUAAACUCAAUAAUACAGUUUCCUCCCAGUCUGGAAGUCGCCAUAAAACAUUGAUGUGUUAGACUCCAUGGACACAAUGUCUUCACCCCGCUGCUUUCUGCUGCUGCUGUCCUGGAACCUGGUGGUUCUGCUGGUUCUGGUUCCUCCGGCUCAGUCCAGACCAGCCGCAGAGGACACAGACACUGCAGACACACUUAAAUCCUCUGAAGAUGAAGAAGAUGAUGAGUCAUCCUCAGAGGAAAAUAAACUGUCCAAUGAAUUAUCAACAAGCAAUGAAAAGCUUCAACCUUUGGCACCCCAGUGGGUAAUGCCAGAGAAGAUGGAGAAACAGCUCCACGCUGUUCCUGCCAGUAAGACUGUAAAGUUUCGAUGCCAGGCGACGGGGAACCCCACUCCCUCGCUUCACUGGUACAAGAACGGAAAAGAGUUCAAGAAAGACCAAAGGAUUGGAGGGUUUAAGAUCAGAGACCACAUGUGGACUCUAAUAAUGGAGUCGGUAGUUCCAUCUGAUAAAGGUAACUACACCUGUGUGGUGGAGAAUGAAUACGGGCGGCUCACACACACCUACCUGCUGGAUGUAGUAGAGCGUUCUCCUCACAGACCCAUCCUACAGGCAGGUCUUCCAGCAAACCAAACUGCAGUUAUUGGAAGCAAUGUGGAGUUUGUGUGUCGAGUGUUCAGUGACCCACAGCCUCACAUCCAGUGGCUCAAACAUAUCACUGUCAACGGCAGCAGAGAGGGACCAGAUGGACACCCAUAUGUCCUUGUUCUCAAGACUGCAGGUCUGAACACAACAGAUAAGGAAAUGGAAGUUUUGACUCUGAAGAAUGUGACUCUGGAAGAUACUGGAGAGUACACUUGCCUUGCGGGAAACUCCAUUGGAGUCUCUCAUCACUCUGCGUGGCUCACUGUAGUUGACGACAUGCCCCCCUCCCCGGUGCCCUCUCAGACAUAUUUGGAGAUCUUCAUCUACUGCCUUGGCUUUUUCAUUAUCGUCAUCCUCACUGCCACGGCGAUUAUAUGCAGACUCUGCUGCGCUCCCAAGAAGAGUGACUUUAACAGUCAAUUAGCGGUCCAGAAAUUAGCCAAGAGCAUUCCUCUGAGGAGACAGGUGUCAGUUGAGUCGUCGUCCUCUCUUCAGUCUGGGAAGUGUUUGAUGCGUCAGUCCCGUCUCUCCAGUGCAGCCACCAGUAUCCUGCCAGGAGUGUCAGAGUAUGAACUUCCUUAUGAUCCUCUCUGGGAACUGCCUCGUGACAGGCUCACAUUAGGGAAGCCUCUGGGUGAGGGCUGUUUUGGUCAGGUGGUGCUGGCUGAAGCUGUUGGGAUUGAUAAAAAUAAGCCCACUCGCCUUGCCAAAGUGGCUGUAAAGAUGCUCAAAGCUGAUGCCACAGAGAAGGAUCUGUCUGACCUGAUCUCCGAAAUGGAGAUGAUGAAGAUGAUCGGAAAACACAAGAACAUCAUCAACUUGUUGGGGGCCUGCACUCAGGACGGUCCUCUGUAUGUGGUGGUAGAAUACGCCUCACAGGGUAAUCUGAGGGAAUACCUCCGAGCUCGACGGCCAGCAGGACUGGAGUACUGGAGUGGCUCAAGGCAGGCUUCCUUGGGGACUUUGGAGAUCAGAGAGCUGGUGUCUGCCGCCUAUCAGGUGGCCAGAGGAAUGGCGUACCUCGCUUCAAAAAAGUGUAUUCACAGAGACCUGGCAGCCAGGAAUGUGCUGGUCACUGAAGACAAUGUGAUGAAGAUAGCUGACUUUGGUCUGGCCCGAGAUAUCCACCACAUCGACUACUACAAGAAGACAACCAAUGGUCGUUUACCAGUGAAGUGGAUGGCUCCAGAAGCGUUAUUUGAUCGUAUCUAUACACACCAAAGUGAUGUGUGGUCGUUUGGUGUCCUCCUUUGGGAAAUUUUCACCCUCGGGGGGUCUCCUUAUCCUGGAGUCCCUGUAGAAGAGCUCUUUAAGCUGCUGAAGGAGGGACACCGCAUGGAAAAACCUUCUGCAUGUACUCAGGAGCUGUAUCUGAUGAUGAGGGACUGCUGGCACGCCAUCCCAUCUCGCAGGCCAACUUUCCAACAGCUGGUGGAAGAUUUAGACCGCACGCUUUCACUCAUGGCAAAUCAGGAGUACUUGGACCUGGCCAUCCCUCUGGUCCAGUAUUCUCCGGUCAGAUCCGACACGUACAGCCCCUCAGCUUCGGCCCAUUCCUCUAACUCCACAUAGGCGUCCUGGGACUCUCCCUUCCUGGAUCACCUUUAUCCCAUUUCCUCUGCUGCGUGGUGCAGCAGCAGUCCCACACGAGGCCAGGCAAAGGAGCACAGAUAACGGGAGGAACUGGCUGCUCCUCUGUCGUAUGUUACAGCAGUCUUUAAGCUCUGGCAGGAGUGAUGUGAAGAACAGCUGUCCUGGACUGUGGCUCCCCGGCAAGGCCUCAGGAAGCAGCUCACACACCAUCUCAUCUCAUUCAUAACGGGUGUAAAGAAGGAGUUCACCCACUGAAUAAGGACUGGGGGUGAGAGUACGGUGUUUGUCUCCUGCAGUGCCCACAGCAUAUGUGCUUAGGUAUUAAUAAUGUCUGUAAAUACUGUAAAUUAUAUUUUUUACUUAUAUAUGUGGAAGCCCUACGAGGGAAAAACUAAAUCAAUGAUUAACAUGUUCAUUAAGACAGAUAGACAUAGAUAGUGUUAAAAUAACAUCAUAAUGCACAACAAAAUGUAUUAAUAAAUGUAUAAUUGUUCUAAAUAUGAACUUGACGUUUAUAACUUGAUGCAUUUUAUUUGUAAAUUUUUCCCGUCAGCAGCCUUUGUAGCAUUCUUACUCAUUUGUACAUUUUAAUACAAUAAAUUAACAUAUUUAUGUCUUUCUCAA